AUGGCUGAACACGCUCUUAAACUUAAUCACUGGUCCCCCGACUAUCGUCGCGAUCCGCAAUGGCGUUGGCCGUGGUGGGAAUUUGACCUCGACCCGGAUACAGCAUUUCACAACCUGUCGCGACAGUACAACACAUAUUCGCUGCCGAUCCAGGCGCCGCAAGCCUUCCACCUUGACCUUAUCGAUAUUGCGAACGAAGCUAACAGCCUCGAUGACCUUCAUGCGCGACUUUCGGAACGAAGCACUGCACGGCAGACGGAGGUAUUCAAGGCCUGGAGAAAUGCGGCCAUCCAACUCGUCGCCGCGCCC